AUGGAUUUAGUGAAUGUGUAUGCAUUGAUAAUUCUCGGAGUUGAUUUGUUGCUGUCGAGAACAGGUAAAUGAGAGAGGAAUAUUUGAUAAUUCUAGAGUUUAUGAAAUGCAAGCACUUAAUCUAAUGUCGAGUUUCAUUAUUUAGUUACUCGAGAUCAUGGCGUUUUAGAUUUAUUCUGAACGUUUAGACUGACCCAGCUCAUUACUUUCGAGUUGAAUCAAUAAAAAAUGAAUUCUUAAUUGAAGAAUCUUGGGGCAGAAGGCGAUUUGAUUGAUUACAACAGAUAUUUGUAAAGACUUGCAAGCCGAGCGACGGACUUGUAUGAAACAAAUUUGCAACGAGAAGGAAGUGGCAGUUUGCGUGUUUAAAUCAUUAAUGAUCAAACUUAUGUAUACUGCAUAAUAUUGGCUUGGUAAUCAUGUUAAAUAACCCAACAUCCUCUAGUCGCUUUCAUCCAGUUUAAGCUAUAAAGCUGUUUGCUUUGUGUUCAUCGCGACAGAACGCUGAUUUUUAUGAAGUUAAAAAACGAUUGUAAUAUAUAGCGUGACCGAUUGACGUCACGGUAAACUCACAUGACAUGCAAUGUGUAACGCAACUCAGGCAUGUUGCAUAGGAGAAUUAAUGAAUUUGUACUGUGUACCGACUUUUACUUUAUACACUAUUUUUAACAUAUUACGCUGCUUACUUGUUGAAAUGAAAACCAUGUGAAUGAUAACGAUUUUAGAGAGUCUAACAUAAUCUAACUUUUAGCGCCAGUCUUUCUUGUGUAUGCGGGUUAAAUUAAAGAAGUUUAAAAUAUGGUCGCUAUUCCUCAGAUCCUCCUUCUGUGUAAAUUAGGUCCGCUUCAGAAGGGGUAAAUGAUGAUGAUGAUAAUAGCGACUGUCUCCAAGAAAACUCAAAAUUGAUUUUCUGCAGGUAAAAGUUACCCAGUAAACAAUGCAUUCUAUCAUAGACACAUAAAGACACAUUUCACUAAUUAUUAAUCUAACUUCUAUGUAAUUGUGUUAUUCUAGGUGGAGAGAGGCUAUGUUCAUGUUAUACCUUCAGUGAAAAUGAAUGGUCAUGGACAGAUGCAAGGGACUCCUGUAAAGCCAACGAUAAAAUACUGGCAGUGAUGGAAUCAGAGCAGGAAUGGCAAUUUAUUACAAAUGAGAUUCAAAAUAAAACAGGCAACCAAUAUAAUGAAUGGUUUAUAGGCUUGGAAAAAAAUUCAACAACAAAGAAAUGGACUUGGAUCAAUGGUAAAUCUGUGACUAUUGACAAAUGGCAUAAGGGAGUCAACAAUCCUGACCCAGAUGACUCUUACGGAAUGAUUCAUAAGGAAUUUCCAAAGGGAUUUAAAGGAUCAUUAAGUACCACUAGGGGCUACUUACAAAGAGGAUGGAUUUGCGAGGAAGAAACAGGUAUUGAUCAGUACCAGAACGAGUAAAGUAUUUUUUUUAAUCGACGGCUGUUGUUAUACAAGAGUUUGAAUUUUCUGUAGGCUGACCUCACCCUCCCUUCCCCGUCCUUUAUCUUUCCUAUCCCCAUCCUACUCUUUCCGAAGGCCGCCACUGCGACCACCUUACCACUGAUAGUCCAUCACCAUCAGGGGAACAGACUCCGUAAUCCUAGCCGCAUAUUUACUUAAAGCCUUCUAAAUUAUAGGGAAGAGACAUAGAAAAUUUAACAUUUAUUCGAGGCAUUGAGCUAGCUUGAGAAACAAUACACUUCCUUGUUAUCUGGAUAUCACUCGAGAAAUCUAUAGUGGCAGUGACAGUAGUUAUGUUUCUUGAACAGCUACCUGUCGAGGAAUUUGUUUCAUCCAUCCUGUUCUCACCAGCACAGGUCCUUCUGGAACAUCAACUGAGACAAAAGCUGUUACCACACAAGGUAAGACGUCGACUGAACAGGAUAUCACUGUUGUAUUAGGCAAGAUCAUCGAUCGCUUGUUCAUUUGAGGAUAAUUACGUAAAAGAGCAAUUCCCACUGAAGUAUAACGAAGUUUGUUUGUUUUGUUUUAAAUUAUUUUUGUUUUGUUUUGAUUUGCUUUUGUCUUUUUUUUUUUGGUUUGUUUGUUUGUUUGUUUUUUUUGUUUCGUCUGUUCGUCUGUUUUUUUAGCAAAGCAAAUAGUUUUCCUCGUUUGAAGGUUUUUGUUCGUUUGUAAGCUUGAAGGUUGACAGUUGGUAAAGUUAGGAUGAAGGCAGUCUAAAUUGUACAGGGUUAACAAUCAGGACCACUAUUGAGGAUAAGUAAAUCACGAUUUAAUGUCAAUUAUUAAUGCAUUAAUUCUAGGGUCUUCAACAAUUGCCUCCACCCCUACUAGAGCGAAAUCAACUGACGAAGCGAAAUCAUCAACCAAAGUCAUCAUGGAUGACAGCAGUAGCUCUUCCCCCUCAAUAAUGGUAGUGGCCGCAUCUUUAGGAGCAGUGUUUUUCGUGGCGUUGAUCAUUUUUAUUGCAGUCAUAGUACUAAGGCGAAAAAAACGUCAGGGAAAAGGUAGAGAGUCUCCAAGCGUUGUAAGAAUUAAACCAUUAUUAUUAUUUCCCACAUGAAAAAAAUUUGUCAUGAUAUGAUGAUUUAGAAUCUCUUCCUACGAGGAGGCCAAUUACUGUACUUCUGCCUCUCGGUGAAAAUCACUGACUCUGUCAAAAUGUCAUUUUUCAAAUGUUAUUUACUUUUGAUUGAAUCCUUGGGCUUACAAAGUCGAAUAAUUCUUCAGGAUCAAUGUGACGUACAUUUAUAUGCCUUAAAUGGAAAUUGAUUUCUCUCACCUUAUGUCAAAAGUCCAUAACUGGUUAAUUCCCGACUCUUCUUUUGUUUGUCAUCUCGGUGCUCAUAAAAGAUAUUGAAUUGAAACCAGCUUUGAGUAAGUGGUAAGUAGUUUAACAAAUGUUGGAACAAUAGGUUUCAAGAUGAUCACAGGUAAAACAAAAAAAAGUGAUGUAGGGUACACUUAUAUGUCCAUGAUAUCAAAAACAUUCUUUCUUUGUCGCUGUAGCCACUUGUACUGUUUGCUAAGGGAAAAAAAUGUGGUGUGAAAUAAGGUAAUGUUUCCUUAUUUUUUCAGAUGAAGAAAGUGCUUCGCCGAAGAAGUCAGCGCCGAAGAGGUCACUAUUUCUUGUUUGAUUGUUUACUUGUUUUUUUGUUUUUGUUUUGUUUGUUUGUUUUUUUUUCUCGAAUGUUUCGAGUUUCUUACAACACAUUAUUGCCAAAUGAUAAAGCCGGCUGGUAGUUACUGAAUCAUACAGGGUAAGAUAAGCUCAGCAUAAAAGCUAUUGCUACUUCUCCCUCCCUUACAAAGAAUGUUAGUCCAUAGCGAGGUAACCCCUCUCCCCUUAUAUUUCGUCAGUUAUCCCUAUUAAACGAGGUCCGUCGAUGCCAAUCCAUACUCCUGGAUGGAGAGAGUUACCGGAAGAGCUGAGUCUAAACCAUUAGCAUGGAGCUGUCUUAACAUCAUCAUUAAAAAAAUAAACUGCGAUGGAAAUGAUUCUCAGAAUGAUACUCAAACGGCACCCAUCAUUGUUGUUAAUAAACAAGACUACUCCACCACUACUCCACCCCUCCACCCCUCCACCCCUCCCCUUUUUUUUACCACCGAGCAUAACGAAAAAUGAUGAAGUAUAAAUUAGUUCUAAAUUAAUCAGAUAUUUUUUCUGUUAUUAAAGCAGUGAAAAAGACCAAUUAGGGGAGAGCCAGUAUGCAUCUGUAAAUCCAGUUGAAGCCGCAAAGCUUCUUGGGUCAGCAAACACCAGCCCCGAUAUGAGUGAGACUAGCCGCGAACCACCACCAGAAAAUUGUGAAUAUGCCGUUGUCAACAAGGCAAACAAGAAGGUGAGCAUUUAGCUUAAAACUUUGAAACGUAAUUGAGAUUUCCACAAGAGCGAUGGACUCUAAUAAACGAGACAUGUACAGCAGUGAAUGAAUAGAUUCAUGUAUGUGUACAAGCGCAUUGGAAAAAUUGUGCUCAUGAAAAACAUGAUAAACAUUCUCAUCUAAGUAGGGAAUCUAGAUAUUGAUGUUUGCUAGAUCGAGGCUUGUUGCAUUGAAAUUCUGUUACAUGUGUCGUCAGACCAAAAAGGAAAAAAAGGGAUCACCGCUAUAUCAUAAACGUGUUUGUACUAUUACCACUCGGUUGCGUAUUUUUAUUGAUUAUUCUUGUUACUUUUAUUCAAGCGAAAGGAGGCAGACCUUGUGUACGCUCAACUUGCUGAAUUUGACCAUGAAACUGACUCUGCAAAGCCACCAAAACCACCUAACUAUGAGCCCACGGUAUACGCUGAUGUUGAAGAAAUGCCUCCUGAGUUGCCUGGUAGAGAGGAUCCAGACUGCUCACAGCCAACGUACGCGAAUCUCGAAACGACUGGCGUCUGAAUGGAAAAAAAAUGUAAUAAAUUUAUGUUGAGAUGGUGGUGUUGGUUUGUACACACUCAGCUGUUGAUGUCCAGUUUAGAAUGAUAUAUACAAAUGCACUUAAAUAAGGUUUUCGCUACAAGGUAUCAAGGAAAAUUCGAGAUAUAAUUUCUAUCUUAUAAAUUACUAAGGAUAAAGAGAUCUUCUACUAGCAUUUUCUAGCAUAAAUGUGAAGGGUUUAUGUUAAGAGGUUGUAUGAGACAAAUUUCUAUCUUUUACCUAGCAUAUAGGAGUAAGGAUAACUCGCAGUCUGCAACUUGCAACUUAAACGUAAUGACAUAUUGAAUUUGUAGUUAAUAAUUGUUUUUUCCAAAAAUAGCGUCGGACACAAGUUGGCGCCGAUUUACCAAUGUCUUGCAAACGAGAGAAAAUAGAUAUCUUCCUUCAUUGGCUGUUCUAUCUUAGUGACUGAGCCGAUAGGAGUUUUUAAAGAGUAUUAUGUAUGCAUUAAGUAUUUUAUUGAGAGAGAUAACAAUAGAAAAAAAUAAUGAUGGACUUAUUGAGAAACAAGAAUUUGUUCUGAGUGAACCCCGCACGAGGAACUAUUACGGCUGCUGCCUCAUUAAUCUAAAUCGCACACGCCCGGGUGCUUCGUUCCUGUUUUACGCAGUUUUGAAUGGCUUGUGACCCCAACAGAUCAGACUUGAACGAAAUUCGAAUCUAUGAAUUACCUGCGUUACUGACGAAGUCUUCGUUUAGAUAGGAACGAUUUCUUUCCAUAUUUAGGGUCCAGUCCUUGUUCCUCUUCUUCAGAGAGGAGCGUGGGCUCAUUUCCCGAACAGCAAUUGGCUAUCAACACUAGUGUGUCACGCAAGACGCUCCAAAGCUCCGUCCUCCGUCAGACGGUAACAAAAAGGAUAAACGGCAUCAAAGUGGAUUUGAAGAGACCUUUUAUAUGAGUUCGCCUAACGUGCUAGGAUAGUUACCGGGGCAAUUUAU